GUCUAGAUCAAUGGAUUGGACUGUGUAACUGUCCCAAUGCAACUAGGAGCACGGUAACUUGUAGUGCUAUGAGAGCGCUGGAACAUUUCUCGUGAAUUUCAUUGCUAUUAUUAGUGAAUAUUUUUUAAAAUUUACUUUCCUUUUCAAUAGCAAUUUCAUAUCAAUUUGAUAUAAUUGACUAGAUUCUAAUUUCCUCUAAUAUUCAAAUUUUAAUCUUCUCAUCUUCCUUCCCAAAUCGCAUUCCCUUUCCUAUAAAUCCCGCAUCUUAAAUCCCCCGACAAAGUAAGAACACAAGAUAUUACAAUCGCAGCAAGAAAUUGCAGAAAGUAGAAGAAAAUCAUUACUAGAAAGGGGAAGAGAUGGAGGAAUCGAAAUCCAAACCUCGAUUCCACCCUAGCUGUGGAUGAAAUAUCCCCACCAUGUCCAACAUCCCAUCUUCCCUUUCCGAGAUCUACCUCACCCUCUUCCGUUUCACCAUGUCCAUCUCAGACCCCUGGCCUUUUUCCUAAAUACCCAAAACACCCUCCCUCUUCUUCCUUCCCACUCUCUUUUGUGAACGAUGAGGAAGCUGAGGGGUUUUAGGAUCGGUAGAAAGGUCCUCGGGCUAUGGAGUUGGAUCGUCAAACCCAAGCAGAGGUCCCCCUCAGGAUUCAUACGGUUAAACCACGAAGACCGUAUAAAACCAAAGACAAUAACGAAAAUCUGCAGCUGGGGCCAUUGCCUCACCAAAAGGCUCUGCUUUUCCAGGCGCCGGUCUUCAGAUUACUCCCGUGUGGGUCAGACGUCGUUCGACGCAAAACCUGUAGCGGUCCCGAAAGGCCAUCUGGCGGUUUAUGUAGGUCAGAAAGACAACGAUCCGCACCGGUUCCUGGUGCCGGUGAUCUACUUCAACCAUCCCCUGUUCGGGGGGCUGCUGAGGCAGGCAGAGCGGGAGUACGGUUUCAACCAUACCGGCGGGAUUAACUUACCGUGCCAGAUAUCGGAGUUCGAGAGCGUGCAGAUGAUGAUCGCUGCCGCAGAAAGACGCCGGAAAGUGACGCGGAAGCGCCGGUCGUUGUUGGGUGGAUUUUAAUUAGUGGAUAUUUUCUGUUUUGUUGUUAGUAAUUACGAUUUGGUGGUGUAAACUUUUAAGUAGAGAGAUUUGUAUAUCUUUACAUAUUUCAAUAUGAUAUCUCGGUACUACA